AUGAGAGUUUCCGGCAACAUGGAACUCGCCCCCCGGAGACGCCAUGAAAGGCACAACGUCCGGGUAAUCAACCCCCUUCUGCGUGCCUAUGCCCUCGGGUACCUUUCUUCGGUGACUCCAAAACUGGCAUCUUAUGCGCGCCGACUACGUACCAAAGACUGGACGACGCAACAAAAAUUACAAGAGCUCGUCAAAGUAUUGACUGGACCUCUACGUGCUAACAGUUUCCCAACCUCGUGUGCUGUAUUGGUCGGCGGUUCAACCCUACUGCCACUAGGAUUGUAUCGACUUUGUGCUUUGGUCACGACCGGACUCUGUAAGAGCGAGUUUCGGAUCUCGCAAGGGCUGGACCGCUUGGUUCGAUUUUUGAUUACUUUUGUUUCGGGGUGGUUUAGUUUCCACCUUCUUAACAAGAACCGGAUUCGUCUACCGUUAGAAGAUGAAGCCACUCGGGACUCUGCAGAUCAGGGGAAAGACCCUGGCGAGGUACCGGUCAACCAGCUGGAGCGUCAGCGUCCUGAGUUGGCGGGAAGGACAAUGGACCUAACCAUUUACAUGGUCACAAGGGCGAUAGACGUGAUAGCGUGUGUCGCAUGGAACCGUUGGACCCGUCGGCGUCGCGCCCAAAAUCGUUGGAUUUCUACUGAAUCACUCGUCCCUGGCGCAGCAGAUGCGAGCGUUUUUGCCAUGAGCUCCGCUCUUGUCAUGUGGGCGUGGUUCUAUCUUCCCGAACGGCUUCCCAAGGCAUACGAGAAAUGGAUUGGACAAGCUGCGCAGGUCGACUCGCGUCUCAUUGAAGCUUUACGUCGUGUCCGGCGGGGCAUUUUUGUAUACGGGAAAGAUACAGGCCAGGCACCUCUUCUUCAAUCAAUGUGCAAAGAUUAUCACUGGCCAAUUGAGUGGGGAGACCCGGCAAAGAUUCGCCAGAUUCCCUGCGAAAUGGUACAUAUGGGCUGUGGACCCAGCUGUGAGAAACAUGCGUUGUAUCGAUUUGCCAAAACCUUCAAGUUUGCCUGUGCGACAUAUAUUCCCCUUCAGAUAAUCUUCCGCCUGAGGGGCAUGAAAUCCGCAACAGCCCUCCGCCGGGCUCUCGCAGAUGCAGCACGGUCAUCUGCCUUCCUCUCGUCAUUCGUUAGCCUGUUCUACUAUGGUGUAUGUCUUGCUCGAACUCGACUCGGCCCCAGGAUAUUUGACCCGAAGACGGUUACUCCGACGAUGUGGGACUCGGGACUCUGCGUCAGUAUGGGCUGUUUCUUGUGUGGUUGGAGUGUAUUGGCCGAAAAGGCGCGGAAAAGGCAAGAGUUGGCGCUAUUCGUGGCACCCCGGGCUGUUGCCACGGUUUUGCCACGGUUGUAUGAUAAAAAGGUAUGCAUCGGACCCUCGCAUCCUCUGUCCACAACAGGGUUACACCCCCUUCCCAUCCGUCCUCUCCUCGGGUAUCAAUACCGAGAACGUGUUGCAUUUGCUCUUAGCGCUGCUAUUCUUGUCACCUGCCUUCGCGAGAGACCCAGGAUGGUGCGAGGUGUUUUUGGUCGCAUCACAUCGAAUGUGCUGAAUUAG